AGACGAAGCAGGCGCGGAGGGAUACAUGAAUGAGGCCAGAGCGCAGCGGCGGCGCAUUACUACACCUCAAUCUGUGAAUCACUCAUUCACACACACAGGAGCAGAUCCAGCGUUUAUACGUCAAGGUUUAAAACAAACAGCUUUCUGCUGCUGAUUUUACACACGUUUAUCGCACGGGCUUUGUUUAAGGAUGGCAGAUCAGCUGACUGAGGAACAGAUCGCUGAGUUCAAGGAGGCGUUCUCACUCUUCGACAAAGAUGGCGAUGGCACAAUUACCACCAAAGAGUUGGGAACAGUGAUGCGCUCAUUGGGUCAGAACCCCACUGAGGCCGAGCUUCAGGAUAUGAUCAACGAAGUAGACGCUGAUGGCAAUGGAACUAUAGACUUCCCGGAGUUCCUAACCAUGAUGGCACGUAAAAUGAAGGACACGGACAGUGAAGAGGAAAUCCGAGAAGCUUUCAGAGUCUUUGACAAGGAUGGAAAUGGCUACAUCAGUGCAGCCGAGCUCCGUCACGUCAUGACCAAUCUGGGUGAAAAGUUGACAGACGAGGAAGUGGAUGAGAUGAUCCGAGAGGCAGAUAUUGAUGGAGAUGGUCAGGUCAACUAUGAAGAGUUUGUCCAGAUGAUGACCGCAAAGUGAAGGAUUGUCAUAUCCUAUAUCUUUCUCUCUUACAUUGCUUGUCCUACUAAGAUCACUCUGUGUUUAAAAAGAAAAAAAAUCUAAAGUUUUCUUCAGAGAGUAUUAGAAUUUCAAAUUCUGUGAUCUCUUACCAAAAAAAAAAUCGUAUCAAAUUUCAAAAUCAGUUUGUGAAAAAUACUAGCAGAAUUGUCCCAGCAGAAGUGAAUGGACCAAGCAUACCUGCAUGAGCCCUUUUGGAGCAAACAUCUCCAGACCUGACAAAAAUUUUGAGGACAGGACGUCACUUUAGUUGCACAGGAGUUGAAGAUCAUGGGGAGAACAUCUCCUUUCAUGAGUGUUCUUCAUUGCUGAAAAAAAGAGUAAAUUAAAAUAAAAAAUACAUAUAAUAAUAAUAAUGCUAAAACAUUGUGGUAAAUAGUCCAGGGUCACAGUGCUGCCUUGAAUACAAACUGAUCAAGAACAACUGCGUGUGACCCUGUGGUGAAGUCAUGCUUUUGCGUAUUGCCUUCUCCUGUUUAAGACUCCUAACAGAACAAAAACUGGAUGUUCAUGAAGACGUACAUAUUGUAAAAACCCAAAGUCAUGCUUUUACUCUGUAAAACUGCGGUUUAAUGGUGGCGUACGACUCGAAAAGCGUCUUUCUGGGCUAUAAGGCAUGUACUUGGAGCCAGUGGUUUCUGUCAGCUGGUUUAAACCUUUGUUAAUGUGUUUUUUGUCUUCAAACUUUGCGGGAGCGUGGAGAUGCAAAGUAUGUAUAGCAGAAUCGAGGUGUGACAGAGUAAUGCAAAUAGCAUAACUGUAAAAUAUAUAGUUACAUAGGUUAAUAAAUGCUAUUAGUGUUAUGCUUUAUAAAUGUACUGUUUUCCAAUAUUAACGUCUGGUAAAACUUAGCAUUGCUUAUUAUUCUAGUUGGGUCUGUGACUUCUGUUUGAUCAAUGUUCUUGAAAUGUGCCAUAAUACUCGUAAGCCUCAACUUUCUUGCAAGAGAUCUUGUACGGUACUCAAUUAAGAAGUAUGUUAUUGGUCUAUGAAUAUACACACAAAUAUCUAUAUAUUUGCACUUUGGUGUAGAUUAUACAUUCAACCACAGAAGAGGAACCUGCUGCUGCUGCUGCUUUACGGCUCAUUUGUCUCUUGCUCUUGUGAGUUUAUCAGAACCUCUUGUUGUCAAACGCUCCAAAUUUUAUUUGCGGUCUGCUUGCAAGACGACCGAUAAAGGUGUAACUGUUAAUUGUUGGUUAUUUUGAGGGGUGAAAUCUAACAGUGUAUCGAAUUAUGUAGCUAGUAAGACUAUGAAGGGCUUGUUAUUGGUCUAAUAAUUGGGUUAUUUAUUUAUUUUCUAGCUGAAAUAUAUUACUCAUUUGGAAGAGCUUUACAUAACAUAUCUUACUCUGUUCUGGACUGUUUUGCGUGGGCAGGGUUUGAAAUGGAGUGACCGAACUGGGAAUACUCAACAUGUGAAAUCUAUAUGGAUAAUAUGGGAUAUAACUGUCAGUGUUUUCCAAUAAAAAUAAAUGUUUAUGCACACA